GCUAUGUGCGGCAGACAGACUCGCCGUCAGGUCGCUGUUUGUAACACGAGCCGCGCCAAUGUGGAGGAAUGGACCGUGCCUCGGGUAGAGCAGACGGGCUGGUCUGCAGCACACAGGGGCGCAGGUGAGGCUCUGCAGCAGCUCAUUCAGAACCUGCUGGACGUCUCCGACUCCAGCCUGCUGGCUCUCAGGACUAGAUGCGCCGCAUCCAACGAGCUCACCCAGCAGAAGAUCUGACUCUAAAGUGACAGAGAUGUCCUCCUUCUCCCCGGCAGGCUGCAGCAGGGAAGCUCUCAGUGGACGUGUUGCUGCAGAAUUCCAGCUCUGAGUUGCAGGACACGAUGAGACGCCUAGGCUCCAACUCAGAAGAUUGUUCUCGCCUCACCGCCGCCCUCUCCUGUCUGAAGAGUGCUAAUGAAACAGGUGAGCCGAGGCCUGACUCAGGCUCCUGCAGCUCUGAGCCCCAACAGGACAGUGAUGCCUUCUCUCCCAUUAGCCCCCCCUCCAGCUCUGGUGGCCCUUCCACCCCUCUGCAGCCCAGCAGUACCCACGGCCGCUCCAUCUCCAUAUCAGUGGUACCUUGUUCAGAUGACCAUAGACCUUGCAUAUUAACUGAAGACGCGUUCACCCUGGAGCCAAGCACCCCUCCAGCCACUCGAGCCUCAAAGCCACGCACUGCCAAGGCCUCCCACACCCCCCCGCUGUCUUCCCGCAAACUACUGCAGCUCCUCCCCAACAUUACACUGCCAAGAAGCAAGAGUCAUGAGUCACAGCUGGCCAACCGCAUAGAGGAGACUGCUGCACACAAAGGCUGUAAGAAGAACAAAGUGUUGGGUGCUAUUCAUGUCAACGGCUGCGGGACCAAUCCUGGAGACUCAGCGCUGCGCUCACCGCUGCUGUCUGCCCGAACACCCGGCCCCGUCCCAGCCUCAGCCCCAGCCCCAUACAUGAUGCCUGCCACCCCCACCCUGCUGGAGAAUGCCACCAUGCACAGGAGUUCCCCUCAGACAAUGAGGAGAGACAUUGGCCUGGCUGUUACACACAGGUUUUCCACCAAGUCCUGGCUCUCCCAGACUUGCCAAGUGUGUCGCAAGAGCAUGAUGUUUGGUGUCAAGUGCAAACACUGCAAGUUAAAGUGCCACAACAAAUGUACCAAAGAGGCUCCCUCGUGUCGGAUAUCAUUUCUCACAUUGCCAAGGAUGCGGAGGGCAGAAUCAGUGCCAUCAGAUAUCCAUAACCGGAUUGAUCACACAGCAGAAAUCCCACUGCAGUUUGGCACUUUACCAAAAGCAAUAACCAAAAGGCAGGAGCCUCCCCCCAGUUUAAACCAGCUGGACUCCAGCAGUAACCCCUCAUCAGCCACCUCCUCCACACCUUCCUCCCCAGCACAUUUACAGCAGAAUAACCCUCCUAGUGUCAACACCACACCCCCAUCACCGUCAACGCAGGGAUCUCGGGACAGCCGCUUCUACUUCCCAGGUCACCCCCCUGUCCCCGAUGUUCCUGCUUCCACAUAUACUGCUGUUCAGCAUGCUGGCAGCUCUUAUGAGUCUGGACUGUCACAGCUGGCCUUCACUGACACACAGCUAAUAGCAGCGAAGCAAGGCGGGGAGGAAGACCACCCAGCCAAGGAUGAGGAAACAGCUGACCAGUGCGGCAUAAAAAAGAGCUUUUCCGUUGAGGAGUGUGAUGACGGGCUGGAGGACCUGCCUUCUUCCAUAUGCCGUCGUGGGGCUGUUGGCCGCUGGAGGGGCCCCAUCUCUCGUAAGGCCAGCCAGACCAGUGUCUACCUGCAGGAGUGGGACAUCCCGUAUGAGCAGCUGCAGCUGGGAGAGAUAAUUGGCAAGGGUCGCUGGGGGAGGGUGCAUAAGGGCCGCUGGCACGGUGAGGUGGCCAUCCGCCUAGUGGAGAUUGACGGCAACAACCAGGAUCACCUGAAGCUCUUCAAGAAGGAGGUGAUGAACUACAGGCAGACCAGGCACGAGAACGUCAUCCUGUUCAUGGGCGCCUGCAUGGCCCCGCCACACCUCGCCAUCAUCACCAGUUUCUGUAAAGGUGUGACUCUAUACUCUGUUGUAAGAGAAAGAGGUCACAUGCUAGACGUCAAUAUAAUCAGACAGAUUGCACAGGACAUUGUAAAGGGAAUGGGCUACCUGCAUGCCAAAGGCAUCAUUCACAAGGAUCUGAAGUCCAAGAAUGUGUUUUAUGACACAAACAGGGUGGUCAUUACAGACUUUGGUCUGUUUGGGAUGUCUGGAGUGGUACAGGAAGGCAGGAGAAAGAACGUGUUGCGGAUACCUCAGGGCUGGAUCUACUACUUGGCUCCAGAGAUUGUUCGAGUGAUGAGCCCGGAGGUUGAUGAGGACCAGCUGCCUUUCUCCAAAGCUGCUGAUGUUUAUGCAUUUGGCACAAUUUGGUAUGAGCUGCAGGUGAGAGACUGGCCAAUCAUCAACCAACCUGUGGAAGCUAAAAUCUGGCUGGUGGGCAGCAGUGAGGGCAUUAGGAAGGUGCUGGCAGACACCAACCUGGGCAAGGAGGUCACGGAGAUCCUGUCUGCCUGCUGGUCCCCUGAGGCAGACAACAGGCCCACUUUCACCCAGCUGGCAGACAUGCUGGAGAAGCUGCCCAAACUGAACCGCAGGCUGUCUCACCCCGGACACUUCUGGAAGACACCUGAGUAGAUAUCAUAGAAAGAGAAGGCUUAUUAAUGAUACAGGGUGAACCAGUCUUCGUCAUUUGAUUUAGUCGAUAAACGUCUAGAGUUUCAUGUCAUGUGAGCAGAAAUGAGAUAGAGCUCAGAGGGGAAAAUAUUUUUUAAAGGAUUUUGUAAAGUAAUGUGAAUAUUAUGAAGCUAAACAGCCCUUUAAUUCAGGCCUUUAUGAAAAGCUGCUCCUAAAUGGCUGUAUGUUGGGCAGCUUUGGCUUUGUGUUGCUGUAACAAAUACUGUCACAUGACAUCCUGUUUCAAUAGAUCAUAAAUGUAUUAAUGGCUCAAACGGCAGACUUUGACUCUGGGCAGGAGAACAAUGAGCUGCGGACAAUACUGGAAACAUUAAAGAAACCUUUUACUCACAUGUGUGCACUCUGCCACCGCAUCAUGUUAGUGAAUGUGUGUGCGUGCAUGUUGUUUCCUCUGGCAGGAGUACAAUGUACGCUUGGUGAAUGUAAUGGGGGCUUCAUGCUUCAAACCAUGAUCUUAUAUGUAUAUAUGGAGGUUGUAUUUAAUAUACCGUGUUUGUACAAGGGUUUCAAUUUUAGAGCAUUUAAUUGGUACUUCAGUCACUUCUGUGUAUAGAUUUCAGACACUGUGUAAACUGUUGGUUGAUUGGUGUUAUUUUUCUUUCUUUCUUUUUUUUGAGGGUUGUGGUUUAGUCUGCAGAGUUUUUUUGUACAGGAUGUGAUACUUUGUAAGCUUCUGGUCUGAACAAUUGAAGAUGAUAAAGCUGAUCUCCAAUAAAUGCACUCCUGUGAGGCACUUCUCUAAUAAGACCACUGUAACUCUCAU